AUGAACAACUCGAAUUCAAGCAACGCAAAAGGUGCUGACUCAGUGGAGUUGUUUAGCAACACAAGCAGAAUUAUUACUACAACAGUUUAUGCGGUAACGAUCAUAUGUGGACUGGUCGGAAAUAGUCUUGGCCUUUACUUAGCGCUAAGAAGGAAGGCUGGAAAUCGUGCAACGAAUCUGUUUAUGGCAAAUAUGGCGGCAGCAGACCUACUUGUUACUCUGUUUGCUAUGCCUUAUUCGGUCCAUUUCAUAAAUGUGCGCCAGCAAUGGAUCGGAGGAGUCAUUGGCCAGGUUACAUGCAAGUUUGUCCAUUUUGCUUAUCAAAUUUCAAUACCCGCUUCCAUUUUCACUGUUUUAUUGGUCUCCUUUGAUCGUUAUCUCGCUAUCUGUUACCCUAUGAAGACAAACUUGUUUCGAAAUGGCAAGGUCAUGACAACAGUUAUAUGGAUAGCUUCUGCAGCAUAUGCGAUUCCAUUUAUGAUGGCAAAUGACAUACUCAAAUACAACGAUACUAACUAUUGCCUUCGCAUCUUUACCCCAUUUGACAAUCAGAAGUCGGUACAGAUCUACUAUUUGGUUACUUUCAUUUUACUUUACUGUGUGCCUCUGACAAUCCUAUUGGUCUUGUACAGUCUCAUCACACACAGACUCUGGCAGCGAAAAAUUCCAGGUAAUGUCAGUGAGGCCAGAAUUAGAUCAGCUCAGGGGGAAAAGAGAAGGAUUGUAAAGGCUUUGAUUCUGAUUGUGAUGGUUUUUGCAGUCUGCUGGUUUCCAGCUCAUGCUAUGCACUACUUGGUUUAUUAUCGCAAGGAUAUCUAUCGCAGUAUACCACGGGAAGUUGAAAUGUUCUUCUUUUGGCUCUGCCAUGCUAACAGUAUUAUUAAUCCAUGUUUGUAUGUGCUGAUAAGCCCCAGCUACCGCAAAUUUUUACAGGGAAGUUUCGGACGUUUUUGUUCUUGCUGUAGCCAUGCUAAUUUCAACUCUUUAACAAGGCGUAGCACUGGGAUGCUUACUUUCAGUCGAUCGUUCGAUGCUACCAGCAAUACAGUCUUUGGAUUUUCCUUCAAAAUUAAAGACACAGUGGAGACUCAACUGUAAUAUUUGCUUAUUUUCAUGCAAACAAACGUAAUCAGAUGGAUGAAGUUUUGGGCUUCUUCACUGUAUUUAUUUUACAGAAAUGGGUAAAUAUCUCGCAGAAUUCAGUCGCUCUCCAAC